AUGGUCACUAUUUCAGAAUUGCAAGAUUCUCUUGAGGUUGGGAAAUGUAAGAUCAUGUGCACAAUCUACGCGGUUGACACAGACUGGUCAUGGUACAAACUUCAUCUUUGCGUUAUGGACGAUACCAAAAAGAUCAAGUGUUUUCUUUUUGAUAGAAACGCACAAGAUAUUUUAAAUCAGAAAGCUGAUGAAAUUCUCAAGGAGAACUUCGAUGAGAUACAAGAACCGGAUGUCCUUCCUGAUGCACUGCAAAAUUUGAUUGGGAAGACUUUUCAGUUUCUGAUUUUUGUUGAGAAAGAAAAUAUAUACGGAGGUAGGAAUACAUACAAAGUCGGGAAGGUUUGGAAAGGAAAUGAUGUUUUAUCCGCUGAUGAGGUGAAUGAAUCUGAAGAUAUGGGUGAUCAGAGUUGGCUAUUGUCUGAUGCUAUAUCUUCGUAUGAAGAUUAUAAAUGUAAACAUGAGAUUGGUCAGAACUACAACGAGAAUAUUUUCGACCAUCAAUAUCGUGAAGGACAUGUUGAUUAUAGUAGUCUUGGUGUUGAUGAUACCAAAGAUAUGUAUGAUGAUGUCGUCUUCCCAAACAAACACUGGGAUUCAGAAGAUGAGUAUGAUUAUGAACAGCGGUUUGACUGUAGCAGUCUUGAUGGUUUGUCCGAUGAGGAAAACUAUAUUAUGGAUGAAGCUGGCGAAGAAAUUUCAUCUGACAAUAAGGAACCUGAAGACUAUGUUUAUGAUGUCAAGAGUUUAGCUACUAUGUUGCAAAAAGCGUUUUCUGUAGGAGUCUCUAAUAAUAAUAAUCCUUUCAGCGAAUAUAAAGGUAUUUCUUUCCAACGCUAA